GUAUGACCUUCAAAUCCGCUACUUGCCGGAAGACUUCAUGGAGAGCCUGAAAGAGGACAGGACCACGCUGCUUUAUUUUUACCAACAGCUCCGGAAUGACUACAUGCAGCGCUAUGCCAGCAAGGUCAGCGAGGGCAUGGCCCUGCAGCUGGGCUGUCUGGAGCUCAGGCGGUUCUUCAAGGACAUGCCCCACAACGCCCUUGACAAGAAGUCCAACUUCGAGCUCCUGGAAAAGGAAGUGGGACUCGACCUGUUUUUCCCAAAGCAGAUGCAGGAGAAUUUAAAGCCCAAGCAGUUCCGGAAGAUGAUCCAGCAGACCUUCCAGCAGUACGCCUCGCUCCGGGAGGAGGAGUGUGUCAUGAAGUUCUUCAACACCCUGGCGGGCUUUGCCAACAUCGAUCAGGAGACCUAUCGCUGUGAACUUGUUCAAGGGUGGAACAUUACAGUGGACCUGGUCAUUGGCCCCAAAGGCAUCCGCCAGCUGACAAGUCAAGAUGCGAAGCCCACCUGCCUGGCUGAGUUCAAGCAGAUCAGGUCCAUCAGGUGCCUCCCGCUGGAGGAGGGCCAGGCUGUCCUGCAGCUGGGCAUUGAAGGCGCACCCCAGUCUCUGUCCAUCAAAACCUCAUCCCUGGCAGAGGCUGAGAACAUGGCUGACCUCAUAGACGGUUAUUGCCGGCUUCAGGGGGAACAUAAAGGCUCUCUCAUCAUCCAUCCCAAGAAAGAUGGUGAGAAGCGGAACAGCCUGCCCCAGAUCCCCACCCUAAACCUGGAGGCGAGGCGGUCCCACCUCUCAGAAAGCUGCAGCAUAGAGUCAGACAUCUAUGCAGAGAUUCCUGACGAGACCUUGAGGCGGCCGGGAGGUCCACAGUACGGCAUUGCCCGCGAGGAGGUGGUUCUCAACCGUAUUCUAGGAGAAGGCUUCUUUGGGGAGGUCUAUGAAGGGGUCUACACAAACCACAAAGGGGAGAAAAUCAAUGUGGCUGUCAAGACCUGCAAGAAGGACUGCACCCUGGACAAUAAGGAGAAGUUCAUGAGCGAGGCAGUGAUCAUGAAGAAUCUCGACCACCCCCACAUCGUGAAGCUGAUCGGCAUCAUCGAAGAGGAGCCCACCUGGAUCAUCAUGGAACUGUACUCCUAUGGGGAGCUGGGCCACUAUCUGGAGCGAAAUAAGAAUUCCCUGAAGGUGCCCACCCUCGUCCUGUAUGCGCUGCAGAUAUGCAAAGCCAUGGCCUACCUGGAGAGCAUCAGCUGUGUGCACAGGGACAUCGCCGUCCGGAACAUCCUUGUGGCCUCCCCGGAGUGUGUGAAGCUGGGGGACUUUGGCCUUUCUCGAUACAUUGAGGAUGAUGAGUAUUACAAGGCCUCUGUGACUCGUCUCCCCAUCAAAUGGAUGUCCCCCGAAUCCAUUAACUUCCGCCGCUUCACGACAGCCAGUGACGUCUGGAUGUUUGCCGUGUGCAUGUGGGAGAUCUUGAGCUUUGGGAAGCAGCCUUUCUUCUGGCUGGAAAACAAGGAUGUCAUCGGGGUGCUGGAGAAAGGGGACCGGCUGCCCAAGCCUGACCUCUGCCCACCUGUCCUUUACACCCUCAUGACCCGCUGCUGGGACUAUGACCCCAGUGACCGGCCCCGCUUCACGGAGCUCGUGUGCAGCCUCAGUGACAUAUAUCAGAUGGAGAAGGACAUUGCCGUAGAGCAAGAAAGGAAUGCUCGCUACCGACCACCUAAAAUACUGGAGCCCAUCGCCUCCCAGGAACCCCCACCCAAGCCCAGCCGGCCCAAGUAUAGACCCCCUCCACAAACCAACCUGCUCGCUCCCAAGCUACAGUUCCAGGUCCCUGAGGGUCUGUGUGCCAGCUCCCCUACGCUCACCAGCCCUAUGGAGUACCCAUCUCCCGUUAACUCGCUGCAUACCCCACCUCUCCACCGGCACAAUGUCUUCAAGCGCCACAGCAUGCGGGAGGAGGACUUCAUCCGACCCAGCAGCAGAGAAGAGGCCCAGCAGCUGUGGGAGGCUGAGAAGAUCAAGAUGCGGCAGAUCCUGGACAAGCAGCAGAAGCAGAUGCUGGAAGAUUCCCAGUGGCUGAGGCAGGAGGAGAAGUCCUUGGACCCUAUGGUUUACAUGAAUGAUAAGUCCCCAUUGACCCCAGAGAAGGAGGCCGGCUACACGGAGUUCACGGGACCCCCACAGAAGCCACCGCGACUGGGGGCACAGUCCAUCCAGCCCACGGCCAACCUGGACCGAACCGAUGACCUGGUGUACCUCAAUGUCAUGGAGCUGGUGCGGGCCGUGCUGGAUCUCAAGAAUGAGCUGUGCCAGCUGCCCCCCGAGGGCUACGUGGUGGUGGUGAAGAACGUGGGGCUGACCCUGAGGAAGCUCAUUGGGAGUGUGGAUGGUCUCCUGCCCUCCUUGCCAUCAUCUUCGAGGACAGAGAUUGAGGGGACCCAGAAGCUGCUCAACAAGGACCUGGCAGACCUCAUCAACAAGAUGCGGCUGGCGCAGCAGAAUGCCGUGACCUCCCUGAGUGAGGAGUGCAAGCGACAGAUGCUCACGGCCUCCCACACCCUGGCCGUGGACGCCAAGAACCUGCUGGAUGCCGUGGACCAGGCCAAGGUCCUGGCCAAUCUGGCCCACCCGCCUGCAGAGUGACCUAGGGUGGGGGCCACCCGCCUGCGUCUUCCACCCCCACCCGUCAUGCACCUCCCCUGCCUUGCCUUUGGUCACGUGGUCUUCUCAGGGAAGGCCCGGGGUGAGGGGUCCUUCCCUCACCACUUUGCACGACCCCCUCCCCGCCCCACCCCAGACUGUGCUGUUCAGGCUGCAGCUGGAUGGAGGGGACUCUGGAUAUGGACGCAGGGUGGGUGUGACACACAUGGUUCAGAGGUCACUGUCACCGCCAGCUACUCCUCCCACCCCAGCCUGGGUGUGGAGCCUCAUUGGGGUCACAGUGGUGUCCCUAGCAGCCAAAAUGGCUUAUGCAUGGACAUGGCGGGCCCAUAUGGGAGCCAAGCUAUUUCUUCUCCUUCCUCUUCAGCCCUCGGGGAUCCCCUGAUGCACAGAGGGGCCAGGGAAGGGCCUUAUUUGGGGGGUCAGGAGGCUUGUAAGAUGGGGGAUGGGCUGGCUUUCUUGUACAGUGUAUAUUCAAAUUUAUUUAAUGUGAGUUUGGUCUGGAUUGACAGCUGGGUUCCCUCCUGAUGGGGAAUCUGGGACACAGUCCAAGAACAAACUGAUUGGGAAUUCUGGCACAGGACACUGUGUUGUUAUCACACCAAGUCUCAGGGGAAGGAGCAGAGAGACAGCGGCCAGGACUGGACUUUGGACCACAAUCUGCUCUCUCCCUGGCAACCUCCUCUCUUUCUUCCUUUACCUUCUCUGCCUUUUCUUACUCCUCCUCUUCUCCCCACCCCCCUUUUCUCAACUGAUCCCUUCCUUUCUCAAGUGUUUGUGUUGAGCCUUCUUUUACCUUCUUUCUAUCAGAUUUGUGGUUGAAUUAAACUCGUACCAUUUGC